AUGGCCGAAGUCAAGCAAAAGGUCGCUCUGAUCUGCAUUGACGGCUGGGGAAUCCCCGUCGAGACGUCUGACCCCAAGGGAAAUGCCAUUCUCAAUGCCGAGACGCCCGUCAUGGACGACUUUGCCAAGUCCGGCAGCAAGACAGCACAAGGAUACACCGAGUUGGAGGCUUCUUCCCUCGCCGUUGGCCUCCCCGAAGGUCUGAUGGGCAACAGCGAGGUUGGACAUCUCAACAUCGGCGCUGGACGUGUUGUGUGGCAGGAUGUGGUCCGAAUCGACCAGACCAUCAAAAAGGGCGAGAUGAACAAGGUGGAGAACAUUGUCAAGUCCUUUACUCGUGCCAAAGAGGGGAAUGGUAGACUACACCUCUGCGGGUUGGUCAGUGAUGGUGGUGUGCACAGUCAUAUCAACCAUUUGAAGGAGUUGAUCAAGGUGGCCAAGGAGAUGGAACUCAAGGAGGUCUACAUCCACUUCUUUGGUGACGGCAGAGACACCGAUCCCAAGAGCGGUAAAGGCCAUCUCGAGGAUCUCCUCGCUUUCUGCAAGGAGCAGGGUGUUGGUAAGUUGGCCACCAUUGUCGGCCGAUACUAUGUUAUGGACCGUGACAAGCGAUGGGAGCGUGUGGAGAAGGGUCUCGAGGGAAUGGUCACAGGCAAGGGAGAGGAAUCCACCGACCCCGUCGCAACCUUCCAAGCUCGUUACGAUGCUGGAGAGAAUGAUGAAUUCCUCAAGCCAAUCAUCAUCAACGGUGCCGACGCCCGCAUCAAGGACGACGACACGGUCUUCUUUUUCAACUACCGCUCCGAUCGUGUCCGCGAAGUGGUUCAACUCCUCGGUGACCAGGACCGCUCUCCCCGUCCCGACUUCCCCUACCCAAAGAACAUCUCCCUGACCACCAUGACCCGCUACAAGACCGACUUCAACCUCCCCAUCGCUUUCGCUCCCGUAAGCAUGGACGAUGUUCUCGCCGACUGGCUCUCCCAGAAGGGCGUCAAGCAGUCUCACAUUGCCGAGACGGAGAAGUUCGCCCACGUAACCUUCUUUUUCAACGGUGGUCAAGAAGUGCAAUACGAGGGCGAAGACCGCGAACUCAUCCCAUCGCCCAGAGGCGUCUCAACAUACGACGAACAGCCCACCAUGUCCGCCAUGGCCGUGGCAGAGCGUAUGGCCGAGCGAAUCGCAGAUGGUAAAUACGGAUUUGUGAUGAACAACUUUGCUCCUCCAGAUAUGGUUGGCCAUACAGGUGUGUAUGACGCUGCAGUCAUUGGCUGCGCGGAGACCGRCAAGGCUAUUGGAGUGGUGUAUGAGGCGUGCAAGAAGCAUGGCUACACCUUGUUCGUGACGAGUGAUCAUGGAAACGCCGAGGAGAUGUUGACGGAGGAGAAGACGCCCAAGACUAGCCAUACGACUAACAAGGUGCCUUUUGUCAUGGCCAAUGCUCCAGAGGGAUAUAGUCUGAAGAAGCAGGAUGGUGUGUUGGGCGAUGUGGCACCUACUGUGUUGGAGAUCAUGGGUAUUGAGCAGCCCAAGGCUAUGACUGGACACAGUCUGUUGGUCAAGGCAUGA